AUGGCACGACUUGAUCUAACCGUUCUCACCAUGUCUCAGAGAUUUGAUCUCGUUCCAUUGCUAUACCCUCUUAUUGCAUAUUCCUCCAUCAUCGUCUAUCACACAAGAUGGCAGGUGCGAAUGUACAGCAUGAAAUUCUCCAAGAACAAAGCUUUUCUCUUACUACACAUUGCCACCGGCCUCAUGGAAGUAGCUCGAUUCCAUAUCUCCAAAGCCCGACUUGGCCAUGAUAAAAUCCUUCCUGAGCCGCUAGACGUUUUGUCUUGCGUUAUAUGGGGUUGUACUAGUCUGGCUCUCGUGAAGACGCUUCGUCGUGGCGAUCCCCUCACGACUCGACCCCCUUACCAAGCUGGUGCGGUCCUGCGCCCGGUCAUGUCCAUCGCAUCGUACCUACUCCAGAUUCCCGACCUGCACAGAGUGUCUAUCUGUGCACUCGACAGUUUCCUCUACGCACGACUUGCAAUUUUCUUCUUCGUUUAUACCCCGUACCUACGUGGAUACUCGUACAGCACAAUCUACUCGCUUUCCAUUCCAUUGGCCGCUGCUCUCAGCAUUCACGAGAGCCGUGUUCCCGGUGCAUCACUGCUGUUUAUUCUUGCGGCGGCGUAUAUUGCAAAGUUGAAUGAAUGGGUGACGAAUAGAUCGAGAGUUUUGCAGAAACACGAAGCUCGGACAUAUGUGGAUUCGGUCGAAAAGUGCGUACUUGAAGGAUUGCUUUAUCUUGGGUUCGCCGAGCUAGACAGGCUAAGAGAGGUUUCUGAAAGCAAAGCUUUGAUGAAGUCUCUUGAUGACGAGUAUGUCCCUGAGGGAGAACGUGUCAAGGCCUAA